CGGGAUAAUAAACUUGCCUUUAAAGGGGGAAAAAAGCCCUUAGAGGGGAAAAAAAACUGUCUUCGGGAGUCAUUUAUAAUUUAGGACCAUAUUGAUCCAAAAUAAUACUGAAUAGGAGGACUAAGCUGUAGUAACUAUUUUGGAAAUCAAAAUUCCAAACCCAAAACGUUUUUUCGGGCUUGUUUUUUUUUUUUUUUUAUUGUUUAUUUUUGGAAGUCUCACAUGCUCUCCAGCUAGUCUGAAACAUUUCUAUCAUUGUCUUCUCCGUUUCAUUACUUUGUGGGGCCGUUCUCUGCCGCUGUCACCGCCGCAAUCCGCCGUCGAACCAUACUGAUCCGGCUGCAAUCGCUGCCGACCACCAUUCACAUCCACUGACGUUUGUAAAACGCAAAGGCUUAGUUUGGCCUUUUGUGCUUGGAGAUCCACUUGGUGGAAAUGCUGUCCUCUCCUGUACACCCAACGAGAAAAUAGAAUUCAUUAAGAUUUGUUUCUGGAACUCUACUUUAUAGAACUGUCUUCCCCAUUCGACAUUAGUCAUUCUUAGAAAGGAGGAACUGGAGGGAUGCAAGUUUUUGGAAUUGAGAUAGGCUUUUGUCAAUGUCAGCUAUAUUGCGACGUUUCAGAUGGGUCAUAGCUGGUUUACACAGAGCCACACCUAAGAAACUGCAUAGUACUGAUGUAAGACCCUUCCCGCUUCUGUCUGACUUGCAAAAAGAGUUGCACUUGCGUGACACCAGCUCCGUGAAGCAAAAGCUUAAACAGCCUAAACGACCAAUGCUGGAGGCUGUCCAUGAGAUUGCCAUUUAUAUCCAUCGGUUUCACAACCUUGAUUUAUUCCAGCAAGGGUGGUAUCAGAUCAAAAUUACAAUGAGAUGGGAGGAUGAUGAGUACAGUUUGUUGGGAACUCCAUCAAGAGUUGUUCAAUAUGAAGGUUGUUUUUCCCCCCUUUAAGUACAUGAUUUGCAUCAAGAGCUUCGCCAAAAUAUUUUUCUUUCAUAUUGUCAUUGAUGAAGAUUUUAAACCAUAUCUUUUUUCUUGAUUGUGUGAUCUCUCUGUGAGAAAUUUUGGUUGAGAUUGCUGCUAAACUGAGACAUUUUGACCACUGUUGUGGUAGUUAUAAGUCUGGAUAAUAGAGAAGAUAAAAAUUCAUGUGGUAAACUAAUUUAGUAAUUCAAUUUUAGACUGUUUUUGGUUUGCCUCAGACCCUGAAGAGAGUGUCAAAGAUGUUUGCAAUGUGUGAAAAUUGAAUUAUAAGUUCCCGUUACUUCACAAGUUGCAACCAUCUUAUCUUAAUGUAUGCAACAGGAAAAUGUGUUUAUUUUUGUUGGGUUAUCAUUCUGCUGUUCUUUUAUUUCCACUACUGGCAUAUCAUGAAGGACAAUUGUCUUAAGCUCUAGAUUUUCUUCUUCAAUGUAAUUUAGCUCAUAAACAUGCUUGACCCAUGUAAUGCUCGCCUUACAAUGAUACCGUGAAUGGACUCACAGUUAUUUGUAAACGGAGUACUGGCCCUAGAUCAUCUUUUAAUCUAUGUUAUCAGUUGAUAUGUGGUUAAAUAAUGAUCUAGUCACAGUUGGUGUGUUUGUUGAACUGCAGCUCCUGAUUUAGGUUGUGAUGAUGUUAAUGGAAUAUGGAAGAUUAAUGACGAAGACCAUAGCUUUUCAUCUCAACCUUUUCGAAUCAGAUAUGCAAGGCAGGAUGUUUUUUUGUCUAUGAUGGUUGCUUUCAACUUUUCCUUAAGUAAAUAUGAGGGCUUAUCCACAUCAGCGGUUAUAUUGAAAUUUGAGCUUAUGUAUGCUCCUGUACUGGAGAACAGUUCUAAUUUGCAGGCUUCGUUGGAUUCAAGCCCGGCUGCAAUUCAUGAGUUUCGUCUCCCUCCCAAAUCUCUACUGGGACUGCAUUCAUAUUGCCCUGUUCAUUUUGAUGCAUUUCAUUCUGUUCUGCUUGAUACAAGUGUUCACACUAGCCUUUUAAAAGGGGGUCUUUUACCUGCCUCACCGCAGGUACAAAGUGCUUCACUUGUUCAUGAAGAUGCUGGUGAAAAUCAUGAUCUUUCAAAACAACAGGUGAUGCUGAUAAAGGCAUUUUCAACUGCUCGGGAUGUACUUAAGGAGGAGUUGCUAAACCUUGGGAAGGCUAUAAACGAAGCAGUCGAGAUCGAGAAUCUUACUUCUUCCUCAGAUCAGGAAGAUGUGGGUGUUCUGCAACAAUUGUCAAGCGAUACAAAUGAUUUGUUUGAGAAAUCAGACAGUAACUCUCAAAAUGAUGGAACUGUAUCUAAGGAUGAAUUAUUCUCUCUAUUCCACUCACUUGGAAAUCAAACAAAUGACUUGUGGAGUAUGUUUCUCAAGUUUCACAGGGCUAAUAAAUCAAAGAUUCUUGAAUAUUUAAGAGAUCAAUGGGCUAUUGAUCGCAGAGCUGAAUGGUCAAUAUGGAUGGUGUAUUCUAAGGUCGAGAUGCCCCACCAAUACAUAAGUAGUGCUGUUGAUGAUUCCACCUAUCAUGCAAAUCGCGGAAGAGCACCCGUGUUACGGAAAAUAACUGAGGAUCCUGCCCAAACUGCAGCCAUGCGUGCAGAGCUUCAUAGACGGAGUAUUGCCCAAAUGAAGAUCAAUAACAGGUCCAUUCAAGACAUGCAUAUAUUUGGAGAUCCAGCAAGGAUCCCCAUCAUAAUUAUAGAGCGUGCUGUGAAUGCACCUCUGCGUUCAACAAGUGGAAAUUCAUACUUCAGUCGUAUGGAUCCAAAGAACAAAUUGAGCCCACUUUCUGAAGUUGGAUCCAGAGGCCCAGAGAAAUUAUCUGUUGCUGGCACUCGGCAAAGUGGUCGUGUGCUCAAGAUUGUUGUCUUCGUUCAUGGUUUCCAGGGGCAUCAUUUGGACCUGCGACUUGUUCGAAACCAGUGGCUUUUGAUUGAUCCCAAGGUAGAAUUUCUAAUGUCAGAAGCCAACGAAGAAAAGACAUCUGGAGAUUUCAGGGAAAUGGGACAAAGACUAGCACAAGAAGUAGUUGCAUUUGUCAAGAAGAAAAUGGAUAAAGUUUCUAGAUCCGGAGGCUUACGAAGUAUUAAACUAAGCUUUGUUGGACACUCAAUUGGGAACAUCAUUUUACGAACCGCAUUGGCAGAGAGCAUUAUGGAACCAUACCUCAGAUUCCUGUAUACCUACGUCUCAGUUUCUGGUCCACAUCUAGGUUAUUUAUAUAGUUCAAACUCAUUGUUCAAUUCUGGACUCUGGCUCCUGAAGAAACUUAAGGGGACACAGUGUAUUCAUCAGCUUACUUUCACUGAUGAUCCAGAUAUCCAAAAUACUUUUCUUUAUAAACUUUGCAAGCAAAAGACAUUGGAAAAUUUCAGAAACAUCGUCUUGUUAUCUUCACCACAGGACGGUUAUGUACCAUAUCAUUCCGCUCGAAUUGAAAUGUGCCAAGCAUCUUCUGGAGACAACUCAAAGAAGGGCAAAGCUUUCCUGGAGAUGCUUAAUGAUUGUUUGGACCAGAUACGAGCACCCUCCUCUGAGCCUAGGGUAUUUAUGCGUUGUGAUGUGAAUUUUGACUCUUCCUUGCAAGGGAGAAACCUAAACACAAUAAUUGGUCGGGCAGCUCACAUAGAAUUCCUUGAGUCUGACAUAUUUGCUAGAUUCAUUAUGUGGUCAUUUCCGGAACUGUUCCAAUGA